UUCGAUCACAUGAACAUUUUCGGUAGGGUAGAAUAUCCACGUUUUUGGCAAACUACACAAUUUUUCCACAAUCUGGACUAUUUUUAGUUCUGGUUACUCGCAAUGUUGGGGAAACGAGAUACUCCAAAUGGAGUUGAGAAAGCAACUGAAAGAAUUAAGAAAAUGGAAAAACCUCCGGCUGAUCCGCACAGAGAGUAUCUGGAUAUGGACACUGAUGAAGAAGAGUUUGGAAAACCAGAAACACCGGAACCGGAGGAAGAGCCACCACCAGAACCAGAAAAGCCAGUAUUUACAGACCAAGAGCUACAACAGCUUGAACAAUAUACGAAAGACUUCACUAUUCUACCUGCAUUAGAUGCCUCGGAUUGGAAUGAAAACUGCUGUAAAGUGAUUCGGGAAUUUUUUCAAGAUCCAACAAAUAUUAUACUGACUAUUUUCUACGAUGUCGAUGUAUUGAAAGCUCUCCUUGAUUUUCCAUCCAAUGCCAUCGAAGGUCUCACCUACUUUCUUAGAUCACCGUGGCAGAUUUAUACACCUGAAAAUUUUCACUCCACCAUUAAAUUUGGCAGUAUUAGUGGAAGCAUUGAAAAUUGUGUGCUGAAAAUUCUGGAAAAUGCUUACGCACUUGGUAUAUUCUACAGCAAAGACUGGCCAUCCGUCCAGAGGAACAAUAUUUUCACCAAUACUCACGAUCUGCUGACAAAAUUAACCGAUACAACAUAUAAAUUGAUGGGACUCACUAUUUUGUAUGUUCCAAAAGAAGGAAUGGAUCUUAAAGCAAUUCGAAAAGUUGAGGACGAAGAUCAUUUUGUGCUGGUUGCUGCUGAUGAUGAAUCGAAUGAAAGAGCGUGGGAGGAUACUGGAAAGUUUGAUGAAGCCAAAGACGAGGGGGAAUUACUGGGCAGAUUAGAAACUGUAGCCAAUUUCUGGAUUCGACAAAUUAGGGAAGCAAUCGCUGAUCAAAACCCUGCCAGCAAGUUGGCACGAGUUACAGAUGAAUUAACUUUCUGGAAUUACAGAUAUGAUAAUUUAAGCGGGCUUCAAUCUCAGCUGCAACAUGACGCCAUUAUUUCCAUUGUUGGAAAAUUAGAGAACGUUAAAUUUACAAGUAUCAGACAAUUCUAUGAUCUGAAUAAAAGUGUACAGAGCUCAAUUGACGAAGCUGUUUCCAACAUCAAUUAUCUUGAUCUAUUAUCUGAUCCCUGUAAGUCGUUAGCAAUUCCUGAAAUACAGGAUGAACAAAUUACAGAGAUCUUGCAUUUGAUCGGAUACAUUUGGCUUGAAUCGCCAUUUUUCAAUACAAAGGAAAAGAUAGAAACUCUUUGUCAAGCUUUGAGUACUCAAAUUGUCGGAGCGUGUAGAGAAUCAAUUGAUUUGAAGACGAUAUUUCAGGGCGAAACGAUAGAAAGCAAAAAAAAAGUUGAAGUAUGCAUCAGUUGUUGCGAAAAAUAUAAGAAUAUUUAUGACGAGCACGUCGAAAUCAUUUUUAAUGUCAGCAGUGAUAAACUCAGGUGGGAAGUCGACAGGGAAAAUGUGUUCAAUUGUGUCGAUGCGUUCAUUACACGGUGCCAAGACGUUAUUGAAAUUUGUGAUACAAUUGUUGUGUUCGGAAGAUCCCUUAAAUCCGUCAGUUUUGGCGGAUCAAACGGAGCACGGUAUGAAAGUGAUUGUAAAAAGAUGGAAAACAUUUUUUAUGAAAAUUUGCGUGCUAUCGAAAAUGUCCAACACAAGAUACUCGAUGUCGCCGAAGCCACUUGGAUAGAACACAUAACUUUGUUUCGACAUGAAAUAAUCGAGCUUGAAGUUAUGGUUAAGAAUCUUAUUAACAGUAUCUUUGACGAUACAAAUUGCAUCGAAGAAAGUAUCGAAGCACUUUAUAUCUUACAACGGUACAAUCAGCGUGAAUGUGUCAAUGAACUUCUGCAUCUGAAGUUGGUGGAUAUUUGGACGAUUUUUGAUAAGGAAAUACAACAGUGUAAGCAAGAUAUUGUAGACCAUAGCCAAGAGUACCAUCCUCUGACUCCAUAUUAUUCAGGACGAGCGUCUAUGUUGCGAAUACGACAAACUAGACUUAUGUCGCAUCAAACUACUUUGAUCGAUGCUUCCGAUUGGCUUGGAGACUGUGACGCUCAAAUACCUGUAUUGAGAAAUUAUAAAAAGUUAGUGUCGGCCAUUGCAAAUGAGGAAAAGCUGUUGUUUGACGAGUGGGAAAAAAUGAUUAGCGAUGAAAAAAGUCUGACUAGUAUUUUUGGGGAGCCGCUUUUACGUCGAAUUAAAUCAAAAUUUGGACCGAUUGAAGUAAAUAUGGAUUAUCACCUUUUGGACACGUUGGAAGAAUCGAAAGUAUGGAUUUCGUUGAAUUUUGAAGUUAAACCGUCGUUAAAAAAGUUAUUGACUAAGUUGGUGACCAUAAAAUUACGAUACGAAGGAGCGGUGUUAUUGUGCAGAAGUUACAACAGAACUUUUGAACGCAUUUCAAAUAACGACGAACGUUUGUUGUUCAGUGAGCUUUUGAAAAAUCUGGACAAUUGUAUAAUAUCUGGUUUUGAUAAAAUUACAUGGAAUUCCCCAGAUGUUGAGAAAUUCUACGCAGAUUCUACUGUGGAAAUAUUAAAUCUUGAAGAGUUUUUUGGAUUAUACGAAAAGGCUAAUUUACGAAUCGAUUGUUACUUUGAAGAAGUCGCUAACGUAAAAUUUCUCCAAGCUUCUGACAAUGUUACUUAUCAAGUGAACGAUUUUUCUACUGCUUUGGAAACUCAGAAGGCAGAGGGAAUGUGCAAAGUUACAAAAUCUUGUAAUAAUAUUCUGCGAUUAUUAACAGGAAUGAGAGAAGGUUUUGAAAUAGAUUUUGAGGAGGUAAUACAGCAUUGGAACAAGUUUAUUGAAGCUAAAGAUUUGAAAUUGAAAGAAUCGCUUUGUUUAGCUGUGAUAAAUUCAUUACGAUCUACCUUGAGAUUAAUUAGAGGGGAUGCAAUCAAUAUCGGCAAAGCUUUGUUCCGAGUCAAAGUUGAUUAUAUCGGUGACAAGUUGGUUAUUCCCGACGACAUUGACAAGAUAGAAGAAACAUUCAAUAAUACAUUCAAUUCUUUAGUAAACGUUAUAAAACCAUUAGAAUUGCUCUCGAAAAAGUUAAACGUCGAUGUUCGCAAUGAUGCUACAGAAUUGUGGGAAUCGAUCGAACGGGAUGAUUCUUGUAUAAAUUUACAGGAAGAAAUCAAUUCAGAAAUUAAAGAUUUAAAAACAUCACUAAAGAUGUACAUAAAUUCUACAGAAUGUUUUAAGGAAGUAUCAGUGAUCGACGUCGCGCAAAUUGUUCAGUAUUACGCGGCAAAUGAGCCAAGCAGAGAAAUACUUGAAAAUGAUAUAAGGCGAUGUACAAAAUUGGCAGAUUCUAUCGAAAACCAUGGAAACGAGGUGUUGAUUAAUUUUUUAGAGUUGGAUAUGAAAGACGCGAAACUGAAACUGAUUGAGAAAUGUGAAUCUUGGCGAGAAAUAUUGUUUAUAGAACUGAGCAAAGUCAUUGUAGCAGAAAAGAAGUUCUCUGCUGCUACGCCAACUCCGCCGGAAGAAUUGAGUUUGUGCAGUUAUGUAGCGAGUGACGAUAGCGAUUCCUAAAGUGUACGUAAAAUAUUUUAUCAAUUUAUGUAUUGGAAACUUUCAAAGUUAUAUUGCGACAAAUAAACUGAGGGUGCACGUGAA